AUGAAUGAUAAUAUACCAGUUGAUAAUGAAGAAGCAAAUAUUUUUCUUGAAAUUUCACCACAUCCAGUUUUAGCAAAAUCAAUUCGUGAAUGUUAUGAAUUAACAAAUCAACAACAAUCAUCACCACUUAUUCUUCCAACAUUAAAACGAAAAGAAAAUGAACAAAUAACAUUACUUACUAGUUUAGCACAACUUACAACAUCAUCUCAUGUAUGGCAACAAUAUUUUCAUACUCGUCAAAUUUUACCGUUGAAAAACCAUGAAGAAUAUUUUGAUAAUUUUCCAUCAUAUAAAUUUCAUUUGAGUUCAUGUUGGUAUGAAUCAAAAGGUUUAUCUAUACAACGUUUAACUAAUCGUAUUCAAACUCAUUCAUUACUUGGUAUUCGUCAAUUAAAUGAACAAACAAGUGCAACAUCGAAAAGUCUUAUUAAUAUUAAUUUAGCACAACAUGCCUUUUUAAAAGAUCAUAAAAUUCAAGAUGCAAUUCUUUUCCCGGCUGUUGCUUAUCUUGAACUUGCAACAACUGCUUGUCAACAAUUACUUCCCCCAAAAGAAGAUGAUCAACAACAACUAACACUUAUUUUUGAAGCCGUAAACUAUAAUAAAGCACUUAUUCUUAAUGAACAUGAAGUGAUGGAAGUAUUUACACAAAUAAUUAUGCCAAUGCGUAAAUGGUAUAUUAUAUUUUGUAAUCAAGAUAAUUUUAAUAAAUAUUCAUUAAAUCAAUUUACUUUACAUGCACAAGUUUUAUUACCAGAUAUUGAAACAACAUUUCUUCCAGUACGUAUUCAAAAAUUUAUUUAUUCAAGUAAGACAAAAGCAAAGAUGAAUCGAUCAACAAAUGUUGAAGUACGUGGAAAGUAUCAUGAUAAUAUAUGUGGUAUAGACCAAGAAGAAAUAUAUAAUCUUAAUUUAUGGACAUUUCCAAUGGAGAAUAAAACCGAAGAACCAAUAUUUACAUUUAAAGGUGCUGUUAUUCAACAAGUUCAAGGUGCACAUUCUGGUCGAUGGUCAAUGGAACAAAUAAUUUAUGAUAAAUUAAAUCUAACAACUGAUUUACCUAAUGCUGAUCAUUCACCAUAUUUAAAUACAAUUAUAAAAGAUUAUUAUUUACUUCCAUCACCUAAUCAAAUUCUUAAUAAUAAACUUAAUUCUAAUAGUAAUCAAGAUUUAAUUGAAUCAAUCGAACCAUUUAAUGAAUUAGCUGCUUAUUAUGCUCAAAUGGCAAUAAAAGAUCUUGAUUUAAAUCAACAACAUCAUCCGUUAUUAAAUGCAUAUAUUAUUAGUGGGGAAAAAAAUGAAUUAGAUAUAUUUUUUGGUGAUGACGAAAUUGGACAAAGUUUUCAACAAAUUAAAACUCUUAUCAGGGCAACUAAAAUACAACAAGUCUUUCAUACUGUUUGUCAACAUUUACAAUUACAAUAUGAACAACAACAACAAACUAAAGACAAUUCAUUUGAAAAUUAUCGAUUACGUAUAUUUUGGUUAACUGAUAGUGAUUGUUCAGAUGUUUUACCUAUUGUUGAUCUUCUUCUCAAUUUAUCACAACAAACAGGUUUAUUAAUUGAUUUAUAUUAUGCAGAUUCUGGUCCAACACAACUUGCAAAUGCUCAACAAACAUUUAAUACACAUCUAACUAAUCAAACAAAAAAUUUAUCUAUUAUUUAUGAUGAAACAAUUGAUUUAUAUGAUAGAAAUCAAGAUUUAACAAAUUCUUUAAUUGCUCUUCGUCGUUUACUUGUUCCUAAUGGUCUUCUUUUAUUACUAGAACUAGUUCAUAUUCUACUUUAUUUUGAUCUUAUUUUUGGUUUUAUUGAUCAAUGGUGGUCAUCAUCUGAUGAUAAUAAUCGUUCAUUAAAUAAUAUUCAACAAUGGACAACAUUAGUAGAACAAAUCGAAGGAUUUUGUAUUAUUGAAUCAACAAUAAAUCAAAAUGAAAAUAUUAUUUUUUUUGGAAUAUCAGUUCUAUUAACUACUUAUAAACAAGUAUCUAUUAUAUUUGCAUGGCAACUUGAUCAAACAUUACUUAAUGAAAAUAAUGAUGAUGAUUUAGCAUUCAAACAAAAUGAAGAACGUCUAUGUGGAACAUUAUCAUGA